AUGAAAUAUCCCCACUUACCCACAAGCAACGCUCGUGAUGCCCAAGAUCUGAAUUUGCUAUCGAGAAUCGGCGUUACACACAUCCUAAACGUAACCGACUGCGUACCGAUGCCUUUUGAAGGAGAUCGUAGGUUCCGUUACCUGCGUCUUCCUGCCUGUGAUAAUAAUCAGCAGGACCUCAGGCCGGCAUUUGAGGCUUCCGUAGAUUUCAUCGAUGUAGUGCGGUGUGCUCCUUUGAGCGGCAUUCAUGAAAACCCUUCACACUUCACGCUGGCAUUCUCAGAGUCUCCCUCUUGCUAUCUGCCUGGCACAGGUAUUACACUCAACCCCUGUCCCCCCCCACAUCUGGGCUACUCGAGGCGUAAUUCGCCCAUCCUCUGCACCUGGGUGACUAAUUCAAGGCUAAAGCCUCUGAGUAAGUCUCAUGGUCACGUCUUUGCUACAUGGACCACGUCUGGUAAAACUGUCAGCCAACUAGCUCCAGUCUCCGCCGCUUCUAUCCUGUUUCUUUCUCUAAAACCAAGUCUAUGA